GUGUAGGUUACUUACCUUUGCAUGAUAUGAGAUGAUUCAACGAAGAACAGUUAUGUUAGAAAAGGGCUAGAGGCAAUGUAAAGAAAUGGAAAUUGAUUUUGAACUUGUUCUAGAGGGUAUCACGCUUGGUUUGGACGUUGUUAUUUUAGGAUUCUUGUAUAAAUCUUAUGAGUCAUGUGCUGCCUAUAUUCAGGCACUUAAGGAAGCAGAACAAGUUGAAAUAUCGGAACUUAGUCAACUGGCAGCCCCCAAAAGUCAACCAAGGAGCUGGUUUCAGUUUUGGAAGAAAAAUAAAUUAGCACCUACCACAUCAGGAAUUCCUAAUGACUAUAGAUAUGUGUGUCUGAGAGGAAUAGUGGAGCCACUUGACAAAUCAAGAUUGCUCAAGAGUACAGACAACAAAAGCACUGGAGUGAUUCACAAAAUUAUAACUAAAGAAGUUGCUACAGUUCGCAAUGGCACAAGGCUGUGGGUGGAUGAAGAAAGAAUUGUAAAAAAUAUUCAGCAUGAAAUUCCUUGGGGUUUGAAAUCGCAAGAAACAUCCAAUGCCACUAAGCAGACAUUAGUCCAAGUUAUAGAAGGAUUAACGGCCGAUCGUCUUGAUAUGGCUGUCGUCAGAGAUGAGUUCACUCCUGCUGCCUUUUCCCUAUCUGGUUGGCUCGGUGGAUGGGUUAGCGGUGUUCAGCUCAAGGGGAUUAAUGAAAUUGAAGAAAUGGUUAUUGACGGUUCACUAAUGACAGCCGUCGGUGAAUUAGUGAUAAACAGCGAUGGCACCAUGCAGCUGAGAUCACCAAGCAAUUCUGACCAAGCUUUGCCGUUUAUUCUUUCUACUUUGCCUUACAGCGCACUCCUGAGCACCUAUGAAACCCUUAUCAGCGUUUGCAAGUGGAGCCUAUUCUUUUUUGGUGGCGUUGGCAUGGUUCUUUGUUCUCUCAUGAUUCGCAAGUGGUUCAAAAUUCGUUAUGGCCGACGACAUGCCAGAGAAGAAGACGAUAUUCUUCGUGAUCUUUGCGAGUCACGUCGGUCAACUGAAGAAAAUGAUGACCUACCGGACUGGCAGCGCUGCGUUAUAUGUCUGGUUCGAAAUCGUGAAGUUAUUGUUCUUCCAUGCGGUCACGUUUGCCUCUGCGCCGAUUGUAUGGUGCUCAUCAAUCGGCAAAAUAUACUACAGAGGAAUUGUCCCAUGUGUCGACAAAGAAUUGAGCAAAUUGCACGAGCUUUUGUUCCUUAAGCACUGCGUGUAGCUUUUUUUGGAUGAAAUCUUUGACAUGACAAAAAAUUGUCCUACAACGCAAUGUCUCUAAACCUGUUCAGGCAUUAAAAUAUAGGAAAUUAUGUCAGUAAUUCGUGAUGUAAUACAGGUGACCACUUAUUAUUGGAGUAAAUUUUUAUCAUAAUAAAAAAUAUUGUGACAAAACUGA